GACAGAAGCAUAAGGAGCUGAGAGGCGCAGACCAUCAUCCUUCACAGAAUAAUGUCGCAUGGGUUAAAAGUUAAGACCUGAUGUCUGCUGAUCCUGCCUAUUUCCUGCAAAAAUCUAAAACAUGAAGGCUACCAAAAUGUGUAGGGAAAUAACUUUUCAGUGUUGGAAUAGCUGCAGAAAACAGAUGGAAAUUACUAGAUACUAAAUCUUUAAAUGUUUUUUUAAAUGGGUGAAUAUUUCAGUUAACUGGGGUCAGUGCAUGUGCCUUUUUUGGGGGUGGGGGGGAAGAUGCAAAGUUCACAGGUUCUUUUCUGUUACAAGAUCAGGGCAGAAUAAACAAAAAUGCUGAAUGUGGAAGAAAUCUGAUAUUGGAGAUACCUGGAGAUAAACUGGAAAUAACCAAUACCACAAGACGAAGCAGCAAUGAACAACAAGAUGCUCUGGAAAAAGAAAUCACAAGACGAGAGUGCACAAUGCAUUUCAAACAGAAAAAGCUUCCUAUCUGCUGAGUGAGUCUCAGUAUGUUCUGACAAGAGCACAGAUAAAGCUUCAAUCAAGUAUCUCCUAGUUGUCUCCAAAAGAAUAUUUCUGAGUACAGAAAGCAAUAUGCAACAGUGCUAAGAUCCUGAUGACUAUACACCAAGAACAAGAAUGGAAGUAAAUUUAUUCAGCAAUUCUACUUUUGUAAACAGUUCAUCCAUCAACCAUAAGCAGUUAGAAGGGCAUAGCCUCUGGGAAGUCAUUACUAUUGCCACUGUGACUGCAAUUGUAAGCUUGAUAACCAUAGUGGGAAAUAUUCUUGUAAUGAUAUCCUUCAAGGUUAACAGUCAGCUCAAAACUGUCAACAAUUAUUACUUGCUGAGCCUUGCCUGUGCAGAUCUCAUCAUUGGAAUAUUUUCUAUGAACCUUUAUACGUCCUAUAUACUCAUAGGCCAUUGGUCUCUUGGAAGCCUUGCCUGUGACCUGUGGCUAGCACUGGACUAUGUAGCUAGCAACGCCUCAGUGAUGAACCUCCUAGUCAUCAGUUUUGACAGAUAUUUUUCCAUCACAAGGCCUUUAACUUACAGGGCAAAACGCACACCCAAAAGAGCUGGCAUCAUGAUUGGUCUGGCUUGGCUAAUUUCCUUCGUGUUGUGGGCCCCUGUAAUCUUGUGCUGGCAGUAUUUUGUGGGUGAACGAACAGUACCACCUGAUGAGUGCCAGAUCCAGUUUUUAUAUGAGCCCAUUAUCACCUUUGGAACUGCAAUUGCUGCUUUUUACAUUCCAGUGUCCAUGAUGACCAUUCUGUAUUGCCGAAUCUAUAAAGAGACAGAGAAACGUACCAAGGACCUUGCUGAACUGCAAGGUUCAGAAUCUGUGGCAGAGUUUGAGAUGAUAAAGCCCCAGAAAGCUCUCCUGAAGUCUUGCUUCAGUUGCAAGCAACAAAACUUAGUCAAAAGAGAGAGGUGUCAGGCUUCCUGGUCUUCAUCUAGUCGAAGUACAUCAGCUACGGUGAAAGCCUCUCAGGCAGCAAGUACUUGUAACGACUGGGCUAAGGCUGACCAGUUAACCACCUGCAGCAGCUAUGCAUCUUCAGAAGAGGAGGAUAAACUUGCCACUGAUUCAGUUUUCCAAGUAACUUACAAAAGUCCAUCUAAAGGUAAGACAGAAGAGUUUCAUGAAAGUACAGAUGUUGUAAAAGACCAACCUGAAGAAAGUGAUUUUGAGAACCAGAAAUACUUUUUGUCACCUGCCAAAGGCCACAUACAAAAAAAUAAAAAAUGUGUGGCCUAUAAAUUCCGGUUGGUGGUUAAGGCUGAUGGCACCCAGCAAGCCAACAAUGGUUGCCGUAAAGUAAAAAUAACUCCUUGUUCUGCUGCUCUGUCAAAGGAUCCUUCCAUCAAAAGCAUGGAUCCAAAUGUAAAUAACCAAAUCACCAAAAGGAAACGGAUGGUUCUUAUAAAGGAACGCAAAGCAGCACAAACUUUAAGUGCCAUUCUUUUGGCUUUUAUCAUCACAUGGACUCCCUACAAUAUCAUGGUUUUGAUCUCCACAUUCUGCUCUGACUGCAUUCCCUUGACACUGUGGCACCUUGGAUAUUGGCUAUGCUAUGUGAACAGCACUGUUAACCCCAUUUGUUAUGCUCUCUGUAACAAAACUUUCAGGAAAACUUUUAAGAUGCUGCUUUUCUGCCAGUGGAAAAAGAAAAAAGUGGAAGAGAAACUAUACUGGCAGGGCAAUACCAAACUGCCAUAAUUACUCUUGUAUAAGGGAAAAGGGGGAAAACAGAUAUUUAUGUAACCUAGUAAAUUGACUGUAAUUCUGUCUUUUCAAAGCUGUUGCUUUAUAUGUCUAGGGGUUAAAAUAUUCUGCAGAAAAGUAAAAUUUUGCAUGAAGGUAGUGUGCUUGGGAUAAAGAAGUCAGUGGUUUCUGUGAGGAACACAGGGAAUUUUUGAUUAUGCAGUAGAUCUGCAUUAAAGUUAUUAUGUUUGGG